CUGGCGGCGGCGCAGAAGGCGGCGGAGGCGGCGGGCGGCAAGGUGGUUGGCGUGUUCCACAUGAAACCGUACAUGGAGGGCGGCAAGUGCAUCGAGUACGACGGGGAGCUGAUCAGCCGUAGCGCCUUCGAACGUGUGGGCGGCAGUACGAUGGCCAAAUGGUACCGCUCCAUCAAGGUGCUUCCCGAGGGCGUGUCGCUGGGUCGCUGGCUCACAAGCCGCGGGCUACCCAUCAUCAAGGGCAACCCCCGCCGCAACCAGAAGGGAGCCAAGGCACACAAGGGCGGUGAAGGCCAGGGCGAUCAGGACGGUGAUGGAGAGGGUGAUGGAGAGGAUGGCGCCGACGAGGAGGGAGCAGCAGGAGGAGGAGGCGGUGCCGGCAUUCGGAACGGCGGCAGCAGCGCCGGCGGCGGCGGCAGGCGUGAGAGAGGCAUUGGGAUGCAUGGAAGCGCCCCUGCCGGCACGCCGGUCUAGACGACAGCGUGGGUGCAAGGAGCUCAGGCCAGGUUGGUUGCGAGGGCUGAUUAAGGUCGGUGGGCUGCGAUGACGGCCCGCGGUGGCCAAGGUCCACACGCUGCAUUGCAUGCGCGGGUUCGUGCUGCUUGAGGUAAAUUGCCGCACCUGGUUGAUGAUGGCAUGUAGACGUUAAACGUUUUGAGACCGAUCUGGAUGAAACUGUUCCACAAAAGUGUAUAGCUAGCAGUUGGAUCCCGCGGACGGCAGCACACUGUUAGACUGCGGGAAGUCUUUGAUGGUAUUUGAUGGCAAUCCAAGCUACAGUCAACGUUUGCGGUAUGUAAAACAUGGGCUUACUUGCAGGUCAGGAUGGUGGGCGGAGGUCGGCGAUGGUGUCCUAUAGGAUUGUUGCGCGUUGGCCCGUUUGAAUGUUUCUGUGGCCCGUGACUGUGAUUGAUCCAGCCGUCCAACGGGCUGAGCAAACACAUCAUCAUAAAGUUACAUUCAAUAAAUCGGAUCUUGUGUGCAUGCAUGCGUGCGUGUGUAUGUGUGUGUGGUGGUGCUGUGUGUGUGUGUGUGUGUGUGUGUGUGUGUGUGUGUGUGUGUGUGUGUGUGUGUGUGUGUGUGUGUGUGUGUGUGUAUAUAUAUGGGCCAUGCACUGCAUGUUUGUGAAGGGUGUUACAGGGAGAAAGAGAAUCAGCACCGCGCGUUUGUAUGUGUUACAGGAGACGGAAACGCGCGCGUGCGUGCAAGCUCGCGGGGGAAGCGGUCAACACUGUGCAUGCGCAGUAUGCGGGGGCAAACAUUGCUGAAAUUGUGUGCCUGUUACAAAAACAACAGAACGAAGCCCGCCCAUUGUGUGUGUGUGUGUGUGUGCGUGUGUGUGUGCGUGUGUGCGUGUGUGUGUGUGUGUGUGUGUACGGUGAGCAUCUGCGGGCGCACGCAGCCAGGAGGCACGUGACGGGUUGUGGUUAGAAGUGUGCGUUUUUGACCGGCAUGCGGUGGUGGGGACAGUGCUGCCAUGAUGGCACAAGAAAUGUGAUGAGGAGGUUGUCGGACUGACUAUGCAGACCAAACUUUCCUAGGCCCUCUUUAGUGCUUAUCUCAGACAGCUGGCGCACGUGAUGGCGAGAGGAAGCAUGUGCAUGGCACCGUUUAAGGACCGCUGGCGGGUACUGUGUGCGACGUUGGUAAGUACGGUAAUUGCAAGUGAUAACUGCGCCGGUGCUCACAGUGGUAGCCCUGCGUGAAAUGAAGUUCUUGGUUCCUGCAGGCAAGGACGCAACUGUGCUGGCACCGAAGCGGCGAAGCCUAGAAACAAAUAAGGAAGAGGUGACUGGAACACUACGGCAUGCCCACUAUUGAUGCGGUCCACGUGUUAACUGACAGGCGGAGGUGGCCCUCCACUUGUUUGCUUCAAUGCAGAUCGCAGCCGCGUGACGGGCAACCCUUUUGUGGUCCUUUCAUUUGAUGUUGACUACACUCACCAUUUGGACAAAGUGUCACACAUGCAAGUGCGGUUGUGAUAUCUCGCUGACUAGGAACGGGCUCGGGAUGCCGUGCGGGACGGGAGGGCAACACCGGCCCGCAGUGUCAGAGGCGCUGUCAUGAUGGCGUGGUGAUGGUGAGCCUAGUGCUUGUUGGUGCGUGCAUGCUCAAGGAUUGAAGUGCUGGGGCGUUGCAGUUCGGUUGAGCGGCUGGCCGGGUGCUCGGAAGUCUGGAACAAUCGUAUCAAGACCGUGUGCAUGCAUACACCGGAAAGCGUGGGCGUAAUGCAAGCAUAUGCACAUGCACAAGAUACUGCGGCAAUGUUAUGGACAUAAGACAGCAAGGUAGCCCUGGUCAACUUGUUGGGGCGAACUCCAUGCAUGCUUUUGCAAUGUCCUUGCGCAUA